AUGAUGGUACUACAGGCGUCAUGGGAUAUAAUUUCAACAUGGAUCAAGUAUAGAGAAGGAUUCAUGCCACUGCCCAAUGGCGACAUCAUUGCCAAGCCGUUUGCCUAUUGGGAUGAAUAUCACCAGAAUUUCAUUCAACCCAUCGAUUACGUGCAAUGCAUUUCGUUUGCAUUGCAAACAGGCGUGUUCUUUUUGUUACAAUGCUUUUGGCAUUAUUUAUCCAAUAGCGUGGCGCGUCGAUCGUUUAUGGGUUCUUGGGAAUUUCGAUUCUAUAUUGUAUGGGCUGUAUGCAGCAUGGCUAUGUUUCCCAUCCUCCAAUGGCGGUUCAAUGAAGAUCAAUACAAGAGCGAGGCCGUGCCACAAUUGGCUUAUGGUUUGGAAGUGCUCAUCACGGCUGUGCUUGGUGUUCGCUCACAUUUCCGAUUCACGCGCAUUCUUAAUGCUACACGUGAACGCAAGAUCGUGCAUCGACUUGAAUACUUUCGUGACAUGAAUGUGAUGUUGACCAUUAUCCUUUUCAUCUAUGGCACGUGCCUGGUAAUUUUAUGCGUGGAUGGCUUAACAGCUGAGAAGCCUAUCAACUCGCACAAAUUUGGAACCGAUUUGCUGAUCGUCAAUUGCAACAUUUGCAUCAUCUUUUUAUGGAUUGCCUUUAUAUCCAUCUUCCAUCCUCGUCGUACCUAUACCAAGGAUGCUACCUCUCAACUUGCAACGGAUGAAGAAGAAAUGGUAUCAAGAAAUGGAAGAGUGACCAAGUUUGUCAUGCAAAAUGCAACCAAACGAUACAACGACAGCAGCCAAGAACCCGCCGGUACAGCUUCUGAGUAUCGUAUGCCAUCCUACUAUAUCAAUCCCGAAUCAAAUCCUCCUCAAAGCAGCGUACAUGAUCCAAUGCCCGACCACCAUUACCGUGCAUGA